UAUCUCUCUCUCUAAGCGGAGCUGAGUUGCAAAGUACUGUAUUCAAGUUCGAAAAAUCACCCCAAAAAUAAAGCCUCACUGCGCCGCCACUUUCGCGUGUCAAUUGCGCCGGCGACGGCGAUUAAGCGAGUGGUGUUGGAUCCAUGGGUGAGGUACCUCCGCGUCGCGGAUUUAACCCGAGGGACGAGGACAUAAUCCGUGAGUAUCUGACGAGGAAAAGCAACGAGGAGGGGUUUCACACCAACUUGAUCCAUACGGUUAAUUUUUAUGAUUUCGAUCCAGAUUAUCUUUCUGGAGUACAUGGAGCAAGUGGAGACGGAGUGUGGUAUUUCUUCACUAAGAGAAAGAGAAGUAAUAGACCCACUCAGGUGGUGGACAGGAGAGCAGGGAAUGGAGAUUGGAAGGUUGUUGAUGCUGUUCAAGAUAUCAUGCAUGAUGGACGAGCAAUUGGGGUGAAAAGUGGGUUUGCCUACUACACAGGGCCAUAUCGAAAAACUGUUAGGGCUGAUUGGACGAUGAAAGAAUUCAGAGCACCAGAAACCCAAGUGAGGUUUGAUGUUUGGGUUGUGUGUAAGAUGUACAAGUACAAGUCAAUCAGUAAAAGAGGCAACACUACUUCGAUCUGUGAUGUGGGGAAUGAAGCCGGGAGUUCAAGAAAAAGAAACCAUGACAGAGACGAGAAAGAUGGAAAGGCGAACAGCACACAGUACAAACGUCAUGCAAAGAGCUCAACUGCAGCUGCAAGCGCAAGGUGAAUGGACAAAAGCUAUGAAUCAGUUGUUUGUACAGAUUGAGGAGCAUAGUUCUAAAUGUGCACUCUUUUUUGUUGUAAUUACAACCAGCAUUAAAAAUAGGAGCAUAGUUCUAAAAUAGAGAUCAUUUCGGUAUAGAACAAAAACUCCAGUGAGUCAUGAUUCUAUGUCUAAUACUUUUGGCCUUUGGGACUUGUUUGUCGCAAUGUCCUUGCUACGACCGCCUGACCAACUCACACAUGGAGUAUAUUUUUACCGA